GCUGGCGCUGGCAGCCGCACCGGGGCCGGAGGCGGCUCCCGCGCCCGCCCCGAACAAGCUGUGCGGCAGGUGUCGUACCGGGGGAGAAGGGAGCUGCAACAGCUGCUGCCCUGCGCUGAAGGAAACUCUACUGCCCACCCUUCCUAACGUUUUUUGGAGAUGGCCGGUGAAAUCACAGAGACCGGGGAGCUCUAUUCUCCCUACGUCGGGCUGGUGUACAUGUUCAACCUCAUCGUGGGCACAGGGGCGCUCACCAUGCCCAAGGCCUUUGCCACCGCCGGAUGGCUGGUCAGCCUCGUCCUGCUGGUGUUCCUGGGCUUCAUGAGCUUUGUGACAACCACCUUUGUGAUGGAGGCCAUGGCCGCAGCCAACGCACAGCUCCGCUGGAAGAGGAUGGAAACCCACAAGGAGGAGGACGACGACGACUCCUCCACGGCCUCAGACAGUGACAUUCUCACCCCGGACAGCUACGAGCGGGCAGAGAAACAGCCCAUCCUGUCAGUGCAGAGACGCACAUCUCCCAACCUGUUUGAAAUCACAGACCGGGUGGAAAUGGGACAGAUGGCCUCCAUGUUCUUCAAUAAAGUGGGCGUCAACUUGUUCUACUUCUGCAUCAUCAUUUACCUGUAUGGGGACCUGGCCAUCUAUGCUUCAGCCGUGCCCUUCUCUCUCAUGCAGGUGACCUGCAGCACCACUGACAAUGACUCCUGCGGUGUGGAGACAGACGCCAAGUACAAUGACACUGACCUGUGCUGGGGUCCCCUGCGCCGAGUGGACGCCUACCACAUCUACCUGGCCGUCUUCACUCUCCUCCUGGGACCCUUCACCUUCUUUGACGUCCAGAAGACCAAGUACCUGCAGAUCCUGACCUCGCUCAUGAGAUGGAUCGCUUUCGCCAUCAUGAUUGUGCUGGCCUUGGUCCGCAUCGGAAAGGGCCAAGGAGAGGGGCACCCRCCCCUGGCCGACCCCUCAGGGCUCCGGAACCUGUUGGGGGUGUGCGUCUACUCCUUCAUGUGCCAGCACUCCCUGCCGUCCCUCGUCACCCCCGUCUCCUCCAAGCGCUACCUCACACGACUGGUGUUCCUGGACUACGUGCUGAUCCUGGCCUUCUACGGCCUCCUCUCCUUCACCGCCAUCUUCUGCUUCCGUGGCGACAGCCUCAUGGACAUGUACACCCUCAACUUUGCGCGCUGCGACGUCGUGGGUCUGGCGGCCGUGCGCCUCUUCCUGGGCCUCUUCCCCGUCUUCACCAUCAGCACCAACUUCCCCAUCAUCGCCGUGACUCUGCGCAACAACUGGAAGACGCUCUUCCACCGCGAGGGCGGCACGUACCCCUGGGUGGUGGACCGCGUGGUCUUCCCCACCAUCACCCUGGUGCCACCCGUGCUGGUGGCCUUCUGCACACAUGACCUGGAGUCCCUGGUGGGCAUCACGGGGGCCUACGCAGGCACUGGCAUCCAGUUCGUCAUCCCUGCCUUCCUGGUGUACCACUGCCGCAAGGACACCCAGGUGACUUUCGGCUACGGGACCGUCAACAAGCACAGGUCCCCGUUCCACCACACCUUYUGGGUGGGCUUCGUGCUGCUCUGGGCUUUCUCCUGCUUCUUCUUCGUCACAGCCAACAUUGUUCUCAGUGAGACCAAGCUCUGAUGGCAGGGUGUGCCUGGUGACAAGACGGCCAGGGGCCCCACCACGGCCUCGCCGCUGUAGAGCAAGAUUUUCGUUGCCACCCAGGGCUUCAUGGGCAGGAGGACAGGGGCGCUCAGAGGGCACCUCUGCAUCUCCAACUGGGGGUCUCCUCCCGACCCAGGGCCCUAUCUAGUCUGUGCUGGCCUGGUCCCCUGGAGGGCCUGGUCCCCUGGAGCAACUCCCUGCCAUGCCCCUGCCUAGGGCAGCAGCAGCUGCUCUCAGGUUUCAGGAUGGUCCCAGUCACACUGCUGCCCCCUCCAGCCGUUGGAGGCAGGCUCCUCCCUCAUGUGGUGGCACAUGCAGUGCUGGCACUGCUGCUAUUUAUACCAGACCCCGUGUCCYCUCCUCCGCCCUCCCCAGCCCCUUCCUGCGUCCUUGCCUGUCUACUAGCAGCUGCUGUCCCUUCAGAGACAAGUCUCAGGYCCUGGUCCUCUAACCUGGCCUGCCUCUGGCAGGCAGCACCCAACUCUCUGCCAGGCCUGAGAGUCGCUAAGUGCCACUCCUAGUGACAAGAAUGGGAAGUGCUAACUGGCACCAGGGUCCCUGAGCCAGAGCUGUGAGGGCCCUUGCUGUGGCCGCCAUCUCUGGGGCACUGCGCCAAUGGCACAUCCCUUCCCAGGGCACGCGGCAGCCUAGAAGCUGGGUUUAAAGUCCUUCGCCUGUGCUUCCUGGUAGGGGCUCUUUGGCCCCUGACUACCCCUGGAGCCCUCUGGGCCCCCUGCAGUAUAGGGGGCUGCCCUGGGCAUGAGGCGUGGAGAGGGCUUCGUGGUUCCCACCAYGGACGGCCAGGCCAGCAGGCAGCAGCUGCCUUGCUCCAGUCCACACAAGGGUGCUCCCUCCAGAGUCUGGCCACGGGUGCUCAGCGUGGCGCUCCUCCUGCCCCUGAGUUCCGUAGGGUAGGAAGAGAUACCUGCCCGUUCUUGUGGAAGGAGGCCAGGCUUGCAGCCACCUCCACCUAAUCAUGCCUGCACCUGCUGGGCAGGCCACCUUGGAAACAGAUGACUCUGUUGAACUCUGCAUUUUCAAUGUGCCUUCUGCUUCAGGCCCUGGGGAUCCUUCCUGACCCUGGCUUGUCCCCAGCCCUGGGCCUGGUCCCAUUGUCCUAGAGCGCAGAGCAGCCUGCCAGGGAGCUGCCUCUCUGGGGAAUGGGGAACUCAGGCCCCUACCCCACCCUCUUGAUUUCAGUGCCUUGCUUAGCCCUUGUGAGGGAACCCUCGCCCCCUCCUCCUCUGUGUGUGUGUCGCUCWCUGACGUUUGACGGUACACCCUGGGGCCCAGGGAAUGUGGGUCUGCAGGCAGCACCGCUCUGCUUCUGGCCCUGGCACCCCUGCCCCUGAGAACCCCUGAGUCAUAAAUUGGCCUCACUCUGCUUUCUCGCCACUGUCGCAUGUGGGCAGUUCUUGCACCUGCCCCCAUAAGCCAUCGUCUUC